GCUGUCCAGUAGGCCAACUUCGGGCUGCGGGAAACCAAACCAAAGGGCCUAAGUUUGUUUUUUGUUUGUUUGUUUGUUUUGUUUUUCGGUGCGUGUGUGAAGAAGUGGGUUCCGACCCAGAGCACCAAGUCUCCGAUCGGCCAAGCGGCCAGCUCUGCGAGAAGAGGGAAGGUGGGUCGCCAUGGAGACGCCGGCGGGGCUGGAGCGCUGGGUGCAGGAUGAGCUGCACUCGGUGCUGGGGCUCAGUGAGCGGCAUGUGGCCCAGUUCCUGAUCGGUACCGCGCAGCGCUGCAGCUCGGCCGAAGAGUUUGUGCAGCGCCUGCGAGACACCGACACCCUGGACCUAAGCGGACCCGCCCGGGACUUCGCCCAGAGACUCUGGAACAAGGUUCCACGGAAGGCAGUGAUAGAAAAACCAGCUCGGGCAGCUGAGCGAGAGGCCCGAGCCCUGUUGGAGAAGAACCGAUCUUAUAGGCUAUUGGAAGAUAGUGAAGAUAGCAGUGAGGAGACUGUGGGUAGAACUGGGAACAGUCAUCAGAAGAAACAUAAAAAACGGAAACACCUCAGGAAGAAACGUCUGGAGGAAGAGGACGAAGAUGAAGAAGAAGUUUCUGAGAAAAGGAAGAAGAUGGGGGGAAGUACACAGCAGACAGAGAAGCCAGAGUCAGAGGAUGAGUGGGAGCGGAGUGAACGAGAGCGUCUUCAGGACCUGGAGGAACGUGAUGCCUUUGCUGAACGGGUUCGUCAGCGGGACAAGGAUCGAACUCGAAAUGUCCUGGAGCGGUCAGACAAAAAGGCUUAUGAAGAAGCUCAGAAGCGCCUCAAGAUGGCUGAGGAAGACCGGAAAGCUAUGGUCCCAGAGUUACGGAAGAAAUCCCGCAGAGAGUACCUGGCUAAGCGGGAGAGGGAGAAGCUUGAAGACCUGGAGGCUGAGCUCGCUGAUGAGGAGUUCCUUUUUGGGGAUGUGGAGCUGAGCCAGCAUGAGCAACGGGAGCUCAAAUACAAGAAGCGAGUGAGGGAUCUGGCCCGAGAGUACCGAGCGGCAGGGGAACAGGAGAAGCUAGAAGCCACCAAUCGCUACCACAUGCCUGAGGAGACUAGAGGACAGCCAGCACGAGCUGUAGAUACAGUGGAGGAGGAAUCAGGUGCCCCUGGAGAAGAGCAGCGCCGCUGGGAGGAGGCCCGGCUGGGAGCAGCGUCCUUGAAAUUUGGGGCCCGAGAUGCUGCCUCCCAGGAACCCAAGUAUCAGCUGGUGCUAGAAGAAGAAGAGACUAUAGAAUUUGUUCGAGCCACUCAGCUUCAGGGUGACGAGGAGCCAUCAGCUCCACCUUCUGCAACUCAGGCCCAACAGAAAGAGUCUAUCCAAGCCGUCCGCCGCAGCCUCCCAGUGUUCCCAUUCCGAGAGGAGCUCUUGGCUGCUAUUGCUAAUCAUCAGGUUCUCAUCAUUGAAGGAGAGACAGGCUCUGGGAAGACCACACAGAUCCCACAGUAUCUCUUUGAGGAGGGUUACACAAAGAAUGGUAUGAAGAUUGCCUGUACCCAACCCAGGAGAGUGGCAGCCAUGAGUGUGGCUGCCCGAGUCGCCCGAGAGAUGGGUGUAAAACUUGGGAAUGAGGUUGGCUAUAGCAUCCGCUUUGAGGACUGUACAUCAGAGAGAACUGUCCUCCGAUACAUGACAGAUGGCAUGCUUCUCCGGGAGUUCCUGUCUGAACCUGAUCUUGCCAGCUACAGUGUGGUGAUGGUGGAUGAGGCUCAUGAACGGACGCUGCACACGGACAUUCUCUUUGGGUUGAUCAAAGAUGUUGCUCGAUUCCGACCUGAGCUCAAGGUCCUGGUAGCUUCAGCCACCUUGGACACUGCUCGCUUUUCCACCUUCUUUGAUGAUGCCCCUGUCUUCCGAAUUCCUGGGCGCAGGUUUCCAGUUGACAUCUUCUAUACCAAGGCUCCAGAAGCUGAUUACUUGGAAGCCUGUGUAGUGUCUGUUCUGCAGAUCCAUGUGACCCAGCGCCCUGGGGAUAUUCUAGUGUUCCUGACUGGACAGGAGGAGAUUGAGGCUGCCUGUGAGAUGCUUCAGGAUCGCUGCCGCCGUCUUGGCUCGAAAAUUCCAGAACUCCUGGUGCUUCCUAUUUAUGCCAACCUACCUUCCGACAUGCAGGCUCGUAUCUUCCAGCCUACACCUCCUGGGGCUCGGAAAGUGGUUGUGGCAACAAAUAUUGCUGAGACAUCCCUCACCAUCGAGGGCAUCAUCUAUGUGCUGGACCCAGGAUUUUGCAAGCAGAAGAGCUAUAACCCCCGCACAGGCAUGGAAUCCCUCACCGUUACACCCUGCAGCAAGGCUUCUGCUAACCAGCGAGCUGGUCGGGCAGGCCGGGUCGCCGCAGGGAAAUGCUUCCGUCUGUAUACUGCCUGGGCUUACCAGCACGAGCUAGAGGAAACCACCGUGCCUGAGAUCCAGAGGACCAGCCUGGGCAAUGUAGUGCUGCUGCUCAAGAGCUUAGGAAUUCAUGACUUAAUGCACUUUGAUUUCCUGGACCCUCCACCAUACGAGACCCUGCUGCUGGCUUUGGAGCAGUUGUAUGCCUUGGGAGCCCUCAACCACCUUGGGGAGCUCACCACCUCUGGUCGAAAGAUGGCAGAACUGCCGGUAGACCCCAUGCUAUCUAAAAUGAUCUUGGCCUCUGAGAAGUACAGCUGUUCUGAGGAGAUCCUGACAGUAGCUGCCAUGCUCUCUGUCAACAACUCAAUCUUCUACAGACCAAAGGACAAGGUCGUCCAUGCUGACAAUGCCCGUGUCAACUUUUUCCUCCCUGGUGGGGAUCACCUGGUUCUGCUAAACGUUUAUACACAGUGGGCUGAAAGUGGUUACUCUUCCCAGUGGUGUUAUGAAAAUUUUGUGCAGUUCAGAUCCAUGCGCCGAGCCCGGGAUGUGCGUGAACAGCUGGAGGGGCUCUUGGAACGUGUGGAAGUUGGUCUUAGCUCCUGCCAGGGGGACUACAUUCGUGUACGGAAGGCCAUCACUGCUGGUUACUUUUACCAUACAGCCCGCCUGACUCGUAGUGGCUAUCGCACAGUCAAACAGCAGCAGACUGUGUUCAUCCAUCCCAACUCCUCUCUCUUUGAGGAACAGCCACGCUGGCUGCUCUACCAUGAACUUGUCUUGACCACCAAGGAGUUCAUGAGACAGGUAUUGGAGAUUGAGAGCAGUUGGCUUCUAGAGGUAGCUCCCCACUACUAUAAGGCCAAGGAGCUAGAAGAUCCCCAUGCUAAGAAAAUGCCAAAGAAAAUAGGCAAGACACGAGAAGAACUAGGCUAAUGAGGUAAAGACAUAAGCAGAACCAACACCAGUUCUUUUUUUUUUCUUCUGUACAAUAUUUAUUAUAUAUUAAUAAAAAUAUUUUUGGAAUAAAUCUUGUGGGAACUUU